UCCGAUUUUGCAGAUGGAGAAAUGCGGAAGUGGAUGAAAUGGCAUCUCUGCGGGAUGUGAGAGUGGAGGAGACUUUACGAGUUAAAAUCGGUGAAGCCAAGAACCUUUCGACGUCGUCGGUGUCCGGGAGCGGUCGUACCACGGUGUGCACAAUACGGAUAGACUCAGAGGAGAUAUACAGGACAGCACCCGUCGAGAAAACACCAAACCCUUUCUAUGGAGCAGAGUUUCAUGGCGACAUCCCCAUCAAGUUCCGCUUCCUGUCCUUCUACGUGUGUGACUCGGGUGGCAAAACAGAAAAGGUUCUUGGCAAGGUGACUCUGAAGAAGGAAGAGCUGUACAAGUUCUACAACAAAGACCACUGGUUCUCUCUCACCCCUGCAGACCUAGAUGCCGCCGUCAAGGGCAAGAUCAACAUCGAGGUCAGGUUUGAUGAAUACCUCAGCACGGAGCCCGAGUCCUGCCCUACUCACAGGAUGGCUGUCAGGGUGGUCGAGUGCAGCAACUUGACCGUCAUCAACGGCGCCUGCAACCCCUACGUGGUGGUCACUCUCAACCCCAAGUCCCGUCACAAGGAGAUCAGGAGGACUGUCGUCAAGAAGAAAACCAUCUGCCCACAUUAUGAUGAAACUUUCUUUUUUGAUCUGGAGAACAAGGGACAGAACCACGACAGGAAGCUGUACUGCUUUGAAGAUGCCUUCAGUGGAGAUCUGAGUAUAUCCGUGUGGCACGAUGACUCCCUUGUGUCCCGAGAGGUCCUGGGCAAUAUAUUCCGUGGAUCUUUCCUGGGGGAGGUGAAGAUUCCGCUCCACGGUCUGGACACCAACUUUCCCCAUAGUGCCUGGUACAGCCUACAGGCCAGGGAGAGUUUACGCCAGACCUCGGCCAACCUGGGCUCUCUCCGUCUCAACAUCUCCUACACUGCCGACUACGUGUUCCUGUCUCACUACUACAACGAUCUCCGGUCUCUGCUUCUCCACUCAAUAGACGUCCAGCCCAUCUCCUGCACGUCUGUAUACCUACUCGGUGAGGUGGUCGAGCACCGCCAGGACGCAGCACAACCUCUAGUCAGAAUGUUCCUGAAGCAUGGAAAAAUAGUCCCCCUAGUCUCCGCUCUUGCCAAAUGGGAAAUAGAAAAGACGACAGAUGCCAAUACUUUCUUCCGUGGGAAUACCCUGGUGACGAAGCUGAUCGAUGAGCUGAUGAAACUGGUGGGCCUGCCGUACCUGCACGACACCCUCAAGACCAUCAUUGACAAGAUAUUUGAGGAGAGGAAGCUGUGUGAGGUGGACCCCGGCCGGAUGAAGGAAGGGGCUUCACUGGAGGAAAGCAUGGGUAAUCUGAAGGAGUACGUGGUAUCCAUCGUCGAGGCCAUCACCGGGUCUGCACUGGUCUGUCCCACCAUCAUGAGGGAGGUGUUCCACGCCGUCAAGGAGGCCGCCAUGAUGCACUAUGAUGGCAGUCCAACCAUCAAGUACAGGGUCGUCAGCAGUUUCGUCUUCCUCCGAUUCUUUGCACCUGCCAUCCUAGGGCCAAAACUUUUUGACCUGCGAACGGACACAGCGGACAUGCUGGUACAUCGAACCCUCACGUUAGUGUCAAAAGUCAUCCAAGGCCUUGUCAAUCUCAUCAGCUCCAACUCUGUGCCUUUCAAUCUGAAGGAAGAAUACAUGGUGCCUGUGUUCGACUGUCUGUCUGAAGACACACACAUGGACGCAGUCCGAAUGUUCCUGGAUAUUGUCUCCUCCAGAACCGGGGCCUACUCAAAGAACAUCGAAGCUCCAAUAGUACUCAAAGAAGGGGUUAUGAUCAAGCGGGCUCAAGGCAGAAACAAGAUUGGUCGGAAAAACUUCAAGAGAAGAUACUUCUGCCUGACCAACCAGUACCUGUCUUAUGCCAAGUCCAAGACGGAGAAGCCUCUAUGUAGUAUUCCAAUAGAAGAUAUCCUGGCUGUGGAACGACUUCAAGAGAAUUCCUUCAAAAUGAACUAUAUGUUCCAGGUGGUGCAGCCUGCCAGGGCUCUCUACAUCCAGGCCAACAACUGUGUGGAAGAGAAGGAGUGGCUGGAUAUCCUCACCAAGGUGUGCAACACCAACAAGAACCGGCUGAUCGUGUACCACCCUGCUGCCUUCAUCAACGGACACUGGCUCUGCUGCAAGGAGGUGGACCUGACUGCGCGGGGGUGCUGCCCAGUGUCCGGGGGACUGCCGGUCACCGACAUCCAGCUGGACAUCGACUCAGACAGGGAGGUGGAGAAGAUACACUCCCUCUUCCUGGGUCGCAUGGACAAACUGGACUCUGUGCUAGAUAGCAUGCUGAAUGACAUUGACAACACUGAGCAGUGCGGCUGUCAGGAGGUGUACUCAGGAAAUGAUGAGCCACGGCCCCGCCUGGUGAUCGAGGACACGAAGCAGUGCUACCAGACGGUCACCGAGAUCCAGAAGUGUGUCAUCAACUUGGAGCAGGAACAUAAGCAGCACCGCAAGAUGUUACAGAAACAUGCAGUGCCGGGUUCUAUUGACAUGCCUAUCGGAGACGAGAGCGCCAUGCUGCCUGGGACCAGGUUGUAGUGAUACAUCAACACCACUGGAGGCCACCAGGAGUGACUGGAAACUUGGUGCUGGGCCACAGGGUACAAUACACAUCCACAACAAUAGUCCCGGCGGACAAUACACAAACAGCAGAGGUCUGUUCUGUCUCCUGCAAAGACAGGUGCUUGCUGCAUUGCCCACUUGCAAGAUGUGUGAUCUUGUGUCACUUCUGAUGGCAAGACGUCCGAUCUUGUGUUACAGUUGAAGCAAGACAUAUGAUCUUGUGUCAGGGUUGACGGCAAGGCGUACGAUCUUGUGUUACAGUUGAAGCAAGACAUAUGAUCUUGUGUCAGGGUUGAUGGCAAGACAUACGAUCUUGUGUCAGGGUUGAAGCAAGACGUGAUCUUGUGUCACGGUUGAUGUCAAGACAUGUGAUCUUGUGUCACGGCUGAUGGCAAGACAUACGAUCUUGUGUCAGGCUUGAUGGCAAGACAUGUGAUCUUGUGUCACGGUUGAUGGCAAGACAUGUGAUCUUGUGUCAAGGUUGAUGACAAGACGUGAUCUUGUGUCAUGGUUGAUGGCAAGACAUACGAUCUUGUGUCACGGUUGAUGGCAAGACAUAUGAUCUUGUGUCACGGUUGAUGGCCUGACGUGCGAUCUCAUGUCACAGUUGUAGGCAAAUGAAGUGCAAUUAUCAUGUUGAAGUUUGGGCCAGGAAUUUUUGAUGAUAUCCACAACCCUAGGAGAGGGUGCAAGUUGCAGUCUGUGUUGUAAAUGCAUAAAUAUCAAGAAACACUUGUGGAUUUUGCAAGUGUCCGUAUCUUCUAUAUAUCCAGUUGUGGCCGACGUGGUGCUCACACGCUGUGUUGGAAUAGUGCUAUUUUCAUUUUUCAUAAUAUCUUUGUUUCACUAUACAGAGACGGUUGCUCAAAGAGCCAGUGCUAAUAGUUUAGAUAGUUUCCGUUGAUGAAAUCUGCAGUGGGUAACGAAUGAUGAGAAUGACAAUCUUUUGUUGUGCAUCUUACCAGUAAAGAACAGUUUGUGAGUAAUACUUGUCAGCAUUAUUGUCCCUGGGAACCUGAAGCACACAGACUCAGGGAUGCAGUCAGCUAAGAGAGUGGUUGUCAUCUUAUCAAAGGGAGGUAAUUGCAUUAUGAUAUUUUUGUUGAUAAUCAGAUUUCUCUCAAAGAGAUUAUGAUUCACUCUUGUUAUGUCACCAACCUUGCAUGAUGUUUGAUAGGUUUAUGUUUAGAUGCUGACAAGUAAUCCUGAUCGAUGGUUCACAGGGUUCGAUAUACGUCCAGCAUAAUAAUGCACCAUGGAUUAUGUGAGGGUUAAGUUGUUCUGUUGUUUUCACUGAUUAACUGAAGGGUCAGUGCUGUUUACACAGACUAUUGUCAUUGUUAUCACAAGUGCAUUAAUAAUCAACAUAGAUGUGAAUGUACCAUAAUACAUUGAGAGAAUAUGUUUACAUCACUGUUUGGUCCUAAGCAUCACGAUUCCUAGGUUCUGUAGUCCAUGCCACCUUCAUGCUGUAGAACAUUCACCUCAGAGAUUGUGAAAUAAUGGACUACACGCUCUGUGCCUUUUUGAAAACUGAUGUUUUUUGAGAUCUGUAUUGUGCUGUGCAGAACCCAAUCUCACUAAAAUCAAAUCUAAGUUCUCGCUGCCGCUAUUCAAAGAUCUGAGGACAUCCCAUUAUGGGUCACAUCAGAAAGACCUUUCGGAAACUUUCACCAACCACGGAAAUGUCUAACAAGAAGUCAACAUCAGGCAAUUAGAAAUCAGCUUUAUUGAGCUUAACGACAUUCGUUUCAACCUGGCGACUUCCAUUUCAGACUACGCUUGAAAAAUAUGUUGACACCAUUCUCGAAUAAAAUUUAAAAAACUGAACAAACGAACAUUCCAGAUGUCUAAUAUAUGGCUGAGAUUGUAUGGCAGUGAAUCCCACUUACUGUGCAAUGCCUCCUCCGUUCAAAUGUUUAUCCCACGGAAGCUAGAGAUAGACGAUAAUUUUGACGGAAUCAGUCAUACGGGCUGUAACUGUCGUUCAGAAUACCCUGUGUUAACGUUUUCGAGGUUGC